CGCACUCUGCUGGAGAACAGAUAUUUGUGUGUCUGACCUAGAAAUCCUAUCUUUGAUCACUUAUCCUAGGCUUCUGAGUCGUGCUGAUCAUGCUAUCUGAAUCAACAAGUUGGCCCAACCUACCGCCCCGCGUGAAAUCACGCUUUCUGCCAGUGAAUGGCCUUCGGAUGCAUUUCUUGGAAGCCAUUCCCGAAACUCCGAGAGCUGAUGAACCUCUUGGGCUUAUUAUUCUGCUACAUGGCUUUCCAGAGUUAGCGUACUCGUGGCGAAAGGUCAUCGGCCCUCUCGCAGACGCUGGGUACCAUGUAGUGGCUCCCGACCAACGUGUUUGUGGCCGAACAACACCUGCUGGCAUCUCCGCUCAGACAAAGUUUGACGACUCACUCUUGCCGUUCCAGAUGACGAACAUGGUCAAGGAUGUUGUUGGGCUGGUGCACAGUCUUGGGUACAAUUCUGUUGUUGCGGUUGUUGGCCACGACUUUGGCUCGCCUAUCGCUGCCUACUGUGCUCUCAUUCGCCCCGACCUGUUUCGAAGUGUUGUCAUGAUGAGUGCGCCGUUCACGGGGCCGCCACAAAUCAAGCCAGUACCGUUGCCAAAGGACGAUUUGCAAUUGGACCCCACGAUGCAGAUGCUGUCUGAUGCACUGGGCAAACUCGAUCCACCUAGAACGCAUUAUACGCAUUAUUAUUCGACUCGCCAGGCGGGUUCGGAUAUGUUGAAUCCGCCCAACGGGCUCCAUGCCUUCAUGCGUGAGUACUACCACGUCAAAAGCGCGAGUUGGGAAGGCAACCACGACCCAAAACCUCAUCCCACUGCGGUAACCGGCCCGGCGGAUAUUGUUGCAACGAUGGCGGCGUUGCCCCACUAUUAUGUCAUGGGGGAACCAACCAUGCCGCUCGCGGUUAACGGUUGCGGGCCUUCUGGGGACGAUUCGUGGUUAACAGACGAGGAACUGGCCGUUUAUGUCCAAGAGUAUGCGCGGACUGGCUUCCAAGGAAACCUCAAUUGGUAUCGAAUCAAGGUCCUUUCAGGCUGGGAAGCCGAUUGCGAGCUGUUUUCUGGUAAACGCAUCGAGAUUCCAGCCAUGUUCAUUGCGGGAUCGUAUGACUGGGGAACAUAUCAGGUUACUGGGGCCGCAGAAAUGAUGAAGGAAAAAGUUUGCGCGAAAAUGGAAGAUCAAGACUUUGUUCUGAUCGAGGGAGCAGGCCAUUGGGUGCAACAAGAGAAAAGUGUGCAAGUUGUGAAUGAACUCCUUCGAUUUCUACAGAAGACCAGAAAGUAG